AUGUCGGUGUGCGGCGGCCCCGGCGACGCGGCUGCCCCGCGACUGCGGCCCCGCGCCGCCCUGAUGGCGCGGCGGCCCGAGCUGCUGUGCGGCGCGGCCAUCGUGCUGGGCUGCGCCUUCCUCAUCGCCCUCAAAGUCACCUGCAGCCGAGCAAAAGAUGUAACAAUGCCAGCGAAGCUUCCAGUGAAUUUUUUCUCCCCGAGAUCUGCAGUGGUUGAUCUGUUCCGGGGGCAGUUGGACUACGCAGAGCAGCUCCGGCAGGACUCAGAAAUUGUGCUCUACUUCUUCUACGCGCCCUGGUGCGGGCAGUCCAUCGCAGCCAGGGAGGAGAUAGAACACGUGGCCAGCAGGUUGUCAGACCAGGUGCUGUUUGUGGCUGUAAAUUGCUGGUGGAACCAGGGGAAAUGCAGGAAGCAGAAGCAUUUCUUUUAUUUUCCUGUGAUACACUUGUACCAUCAAAGUUUUGGACCAAUUGAAUACAAAGGCCCUAUGAGUGCUGUUUAUAUUGAAAAGUUUGUUCGCCGGGUGAUGACACCACUACUCUACAUCUCGUCUCGAUCAAAAUUACUAGAUUUCCUCUCAAAUUAUGAGCCUGGAGUUGUGGGAUUUUUUGAGUUCAAUGCUUCACCUCAACCGCCUGGUUAUUUAACAUUCUUCACAUCAGCAUUACAUUCAUUAAAGAAAGAUUACCUUGGCACAAUGCGCUUCGGCGUGGUCACGGAUAAGCGUGUGGCAGAGGAGAUCUCCCUGGUGCACUCUGGCAGUGUGUAUUUGCACAGACAUGCCAACACAUCUCUUAUCUAUCCAAAAGACAUCAUGAACUUCACUGCUGAGAACAUUUGCAAGUGGGCUCUGGAAAAUCGGGAGAUGCUCAUCCGCUGGCUGAGACCUCAUGGUGGAAAAAGCCUUCUUCUAAACAAUGAGCUGAAGAAAGGACCAGCACUUCUCAUAUUUAUACCUUAUAAUCCCCUAGCAGAAAUUCAUCCUCUUUUAGAUGAAAUUACCAAAGUGGCCUUGGAAUACCACAAGUGUAAUAAAAGCCAAGCAGCUGAGGCAGACCUUCAGCCUGCAGGAGACUCUGAUUCACCAGCUUUUGAUUCCUCAGUGACAGAUGCACAGCUGAAGUUCUCUGAAACGUUUCCCAUAGCCAAGUACCCGUGCUGUAACACGGUGGUGCUUCCACAGUGGCACUCCAUCUCCAGAACCCACAAUGUCUGUGAGCUCUGUGUUAACCAGACUCUUGGUGUCAAACCAAAUAAAGUCCAUGUGCCACACUGUAACUUUUUAGAGAUAGAAGCAGCUUUGGACUCUUUCUACCUCCAGGAACAUACUUUUUUUCAAGUAAUAUCAAAUACCAUAGAAUGCAGCAAUUUCUUAAGUUUCUAUAGUCCCUUUAGCUAUUACACUGCAUGUUGCAGGACAGUAAACAGGCAUUUUUUAAGUCUCAUGAGUUCUGAGAAGACCAUCUUUGAGACCCCCAAAGUAGCAUUUUCUUCCCAUGGGAAGAAAGAUAACACUCAAUUUUCUAUUCCUCACAUUGAGGAUAGGAAUUGUUUUAUUCCUGACCUUAAUAUUAGUAGCAUGAACAUUACUGGUCUGAGCUGCAGGACCAACAAAACCUUGAAUCUCUAUCUACUGGAUUCAAAUCUUUUUUGGAUAUAUGCAGAGAGACUAGGAGCAUCAAGAUCUACUCAUCUUAAGGAAUUUGCUGCCAUUGUUGACCUGAAAGAAGAAGUGCACUAUGUUCUGGACCAGAAUCAGUCACUUGUUGGACCUACCCUAGAGAACUUCAUUAAAAAUUUCAGCGUUCUCUACAGCCCCUUGAAAAGGCAUCUGGUUGAUGACCCUUCAGUCCAUUUUGAUGAGGAGCAUGUGGUGACUGAAGUGACCACGAGCACCUUCCACCAGACCGUGUUCCUGAGUGCCAAGAAUGUCUUGCUGCUGUAUUACGCACAGUGGUGUGGAUUCUGUGCUUCUCUUAAUCACAUCUUUAUUCAACUUGCUCGGCUUUUGCCUCCUGACAGUUUCACUGUGGCAAGAAUUGAUGUGACUCGAAAUGACCUUCCCUGGGAAUUUAUGACAGACCGUCUCCCAACCAUUUUAUUUUUUCCUCAUCAGAGGAAGGAGCAAAGUGUGAAGUUCCCUGAAGACUUUUCAGUUAACCUUCCCAAUCUCCUGAAAUUCAUUUUACAUCAUUCAAGUCUUUCUCCAUCAGAGCCCUGUACCAAAGAAUGCCUACAUAAAGAGUCAGUUCUACAGCAAGGACACAUCUCACACUUGGAGAGAGAAAUUCAGAAGUUGAGAUCAGAAAUCAGUGCCCUUCAUCAGGCCCAUGACCAGCUUGAAGCACAGCUCUCUGAAGCCAGGAGAGAGGAGCAGAGACUACAGCAGCAAAAACACACACUGGAAAAGCAGCACAAGACUCUGCAGCUCCACAGUGAGCAAUUACAGGCCACAUAUGACCAGAAGAAUCAAGAAUUGUUAGAAAUGGCUGAAAAGCUUCAAGAAUUAGCUGAUGCAUCAGAAAACCUCCUUAAAGAAAACGCUUUACUGAGAAUUCUGGUGGCAUCAAGAGGAGGAAAGCUACAGAGCAAAGAUGAAAUUGAAGAACCCCUUCAAUCUGAGCAAACACUUUCUGAAGAUAAUGAUAUAUCACUCUCAACAGCUACUGCUGCUUUAGAGGAAAAAAGGAUUGAUAAUAUUGAUACCAUAGAGACAGAGCACAGUAGUGGAAAUAGGACAGAAUAAUUGCUUACACAAAGUCAAGUGAUGCAGUAUUGGGUAGGUAUUUAUGCAAAUUUUAUUGACAUUCAUUGUAAAUAAAGACUUCCCCCCACAUGAUCUAGAAAAAGAAAAAUCAAAUGGAAUAUUUUUGUAUACUUGAACAACUUAUUAGAUACCCCAUCUUAAGAGAAGAGGAGAAUGGAAAACACUUCCUGCACUUUACUAUUGCACUAACUUGCAAACACCUAUCCAUUUAAAUGAAAGAUACUGGUUUGUAGGGGCAGCAGUGUGCAGCACCUCUGACUAAGGACCAGUUAGUUUUCACUGGCUUUCUCUUACAGCUGCUAGAAACGAAAUCAGACCUUUGAUUUAUACUUUUCCAUAAUUUCUGAAAUUUGCCCUUUACACUGCAUUCUCUUUGCUGAAUUAAAAUAGAUACUUUAUCUGUGUAAUCAGUAAACUUGAAUGGACAAAGUCAUCUUGCUACAACUGUUCUGUUCUCAAACUUCAGCACUUUGUAUCACUUUUGUAUACUAGUGUUCUGAUUGUCUGGAAAACACAAGAGCCAUGUGUGAACUGUUCUCUGCUGAAAACUAGAGGAAGUCUUACUGAAUGAAUCCUUUUUUUCUUUGCUUUUUAGAGGUCUCAAAUACAGCUAUUUAAGUGGACUGGUCUGACUAUACAUGCAGGUCUGUUGAGAGCAGUAUUUUUAAAAGCAUGUGUCAGGGUAAGAACAUUAUCAGCUGUACCCCAUAUGUUGUGCUCAAGAGGCAACAGCAGGAGCUUUUUACUACUGACAGCAGUUUUUUGCUUCAAAUUACAACUUUCAAUUUUAAAAAGGCAAAUGUAGCACGAACAAAGCAAUUCAACAUCUUGGUGUAGAAGAAGGGGACAACUUUUUGUCUAGGCCAUUCUUGCCUUGCAUAUAGUUGAAAUUCUCAAGCAAGCUUGCUAGGCCUUAAGUUAUUCCAUAUGUACAAGUACAAGAAGCAAGUCUAAUGCUUCCUCUGGAGCUGAAUUAAGGCUAGGCAAUUAAGUGUUUAAAAACAUCAGUAUGCAAAGGAGGCCAGUACAAAGUAAAAGAAAACAGGCCAGUGACCUUGAAGCAUGCGUGCCUACAGGAAGAAUUAUAGAAUACAUAAGCUGCCAGUGGCUGCUCAGUGUUGUUCCUUCUUGUCUCCCCAAACCUUUGCAGUCCAGAACUUCCCAUUUAACACCUUUUUACAGUUCCUAUAGCUGAACUCCAGCACAGAGCAGGAAAUGUGUUAUCUGGAAGGACUUGGCUGUUGCUUGCUAAAAACUUCUACAAACUGACCAGCAAUAACUCUUGCCCCUGUCAACAGUAGAAAAGACUGAAACUUCUCCUGUUGUAGUACAGUUCCAUCAAAAGUUAUAUACAAGAUACAUUAAGUGAAUUC